GCGAACAGUAGCCUAUGUGCUAUCUGAGUGAGAUAUCAGUUUAAUCCUAAUUAAGGACCACGUUCAGGUUUUGGUACGUCGCAUAUUAAACGUCCCCUUUAGAUGAUAAUUAAUUUCUUGAGAAAGACACGUUAGCUGGUGGCAGUAGUGCUGUUUUGUUUUUUUUCAGAUAGGUUAGCAUGGUUAGUCAGUGAAUGAACUGCAUUGUAUUCAUUCAUAAUCGCACUGAUUUAUUAACUAAACACGUGUUAGCAAAAUCUAUUUGCUAAUGCUGAGAUCAGCGGGGGGUUAAUAACUCAUCACGCCAUGGCUCAACGCGACCAUCAUCACGAGUCUGUUCAUAAAAGAUGCACAGACUCCAGCAGUGAUUAUAACACGAAUAAGCGCCGUAGACCAUCCGAUGAAAGGCAGCACAGAGCAGCCGAGACUCUGAGCGCUCACAGACAACUGUAUGAGAGACACUUCCCGCUCUACAAGCAGCCUGUGGAGGUGGGCUGCUUCUCUCUGGACCCUCACAGGAACUUCUACAACGAUCAGAGGCGGCUGCGGUACUAUGUCCAGCCCCGGAAAAGUCCACAUUUGAAUUUAAGGGACGGAUACACCAGCCGCUUCGUAAAGAGAGAUGACCGAGUGAAAGAGAAGCUUGAUCACGUGCUGAAGUGGAUUCUGGCCAACAGAGACAAGAUUCAAAGCAGAGACCACACCCCCUCAUCCGGCGCUCUAGGACUGGACUUUGUGACAUGGAGAGGACACCUAACCAAAGUGCUGACCACCCCAUACGAGACUCAAGAGGGAUGGAUGCUGGCCGCCUCCAAAUUCAGAGGCACCAUCUACAUCAGUGAGGUGGAAACAGAGGCUGCCAGAGUGAACCGAGAGACCCGCUCCGAGCGACAGGAGGAGAUGAUGUACUGGGGCUACAAGUUUGAGCAGUACAUAUGCGCAGAUGAUGUGGAUGGGACUCCAGACCCAGGGGGCGUCGUGAACACCAACGAGGCGUUCUGUACGGUGGUUCAGACGCGUCUGGCUGACCAUAAGCUGCUCUUCUCUGGAGAGGUGGACUGCCGCGUCACAGACCCCGAUGCUCCUGCGGCGCCGGGAUGUUAUGUGGAGCUCAAGACCUCCGCAGAGAUCUGCACCCCGAAACAGCGAAGCAACUUCCACAGGUACAAGCUGCUGAAAUGGUGGGCGCAGUCGUUUCUUCCUGGAGUGCCACAGAUAGUCGCUGGGUUUCGAGAUCAUGAUGGGAUAGUGGUGUCUGUUGAGACCUUCCAAACCUCGAAAAUUUCACAACUCAUCAAGAAUGAGUAUAACUGCUGGAAGCCAACAGUCUGUAUGAAUUUCUGCAACGAUUUCUUGUCCUUCGUCAAAUCAGUCGUCAAAGAGGACGACCCUAGACUGGUGUACCUGUUCAAAUGGGAUCCACACAGAGACGUGACCUUCACCGUCCACAGAGACUCUCAGUAUACCUUCUUACCAGAGUGGUACAUAAAGGACACGAGGAGCCAUCCUUCAUCUCACCACUGACAUACUGAGCUCACAGCCUCAGUACAUCAGCAUUUCCAAGGUCUCUAAAUUAUCA